GGAGGGGGUCCCAGGUGGCGCUUAAUGGCACCGCCUGCCUUUCCUUUGCCUGGGGUCCCCUCGGGCUGCUGUGCGGGCGGGCGGGGGCCUGGGCAACAGGUAUAAGAGGCGGCCGGGGCUGCAGGAGGCAGAGGACAGCAUGGACUGCAGGCGGGCCACAGUGCUGCUGGUGGCGCUGCUGGUCCUGGCGGCCGGGGGCCGCAGCACAGGUGCCGAGGGCCCCGGGGGCUGGCAGGAAGGAGGCCACACAUCCCAGGAGGAAGCCGCGGGGACCCGCCUGCCCCGGGAUGCCCAGGGCCCAGGCUCACUCUUGAGCGCCCUGCUGCAGGCCAUGCAGAGACCCAGCCGGAGCCUGGCUUUCCUGUUUCAGCCCCAGAGGUUCGGCAGAAACGCCCAGCGCUCCUGGAGCAAUGAGAGGCUGAGUCCCCGCGCUGGGGCGGGUCCCAGCUCCCAGUUCUGGAACCUGGCUGCCCCUCAACGCUUUGGGAAGAAGUGACGUCGCCUCCAGUGCCUGCAUGCAACCCACACUCCCGAGCCCUGUCUCCCCGAAUAAAGCAGCCUGCUGA